AAACCACAGGACGCGCGCCGGAAACCACGUGACUGGUCUCGACCACACGUUACAAAGCGUGCGUCGCUAUGAUGAUAUUCUCCACCACGUUUCGAUUAUAAACAUUUUUUUUUAAACCGCACCGAGCCAUGUCCGGCCAUACACAAUUAAGAAUCAACUCCCAGUUUGCCAAGAAAUACGACAAAUACCGACAAAGUGAAGAACUUCGAAGGCUCAAAGAUCGAUAUGGAGACCGAGAUAACGAUGAUGAUGAAUCGUCUGAAUCCAGUUCGGAUGAGAGUGAAGUUGAGUUGGAUCCAGAGGCUGAAAGGAAUUUUUACCGAACAUUGUCGCUUCUGAAGAAAAAAGACCCAAAGAUCUACCAGCAAGAUGCGCAGUUCUACUCAGAAGGUCCAUCAAACAACGAUUUAAAGCCGUCCACCUCAAAGUCAAGAGAGAAGCCCAUGUACCUGAAGGACUAUGAGCGUAAAGUCAUACUGGAGAAGGAAGGAAAAUAUGACGACGAAGAGAACAGUGAUGAUGGUGAUGAUGAGGAGGCAGCCAAAAGACAUGAGAGGGCAUCAUCCCCCAGCUACAUUCUGGAGCAAAAACAGCUGAAAGAAAGUUUCCAUAAGUUCAUCCAUGACGAAGACGGCAGUGGGGACGAAGGAGGCUUCCAGCUGCUGACCAGGAGAAUCAAAACACAGGAAGAGCAGGACAAGGAAGAGGCAGACUAUGUGGAGUGGCUCAAAGGCCAGGCUGAACCUGACGGAUCUGAGGAGGUGAAGGACAUUAAAUAUCUACGAGACUAUUGGAAUGACCCAAAACUAGAUGAGAAAGAGUGUUUCCUACGAGACUACAUCCUAAACAAACACUACAUAGAUGGCGACAAUGAAGACAGGAUCCCAACGUACGAAGAGGUGGUCCAGGAUGAUGUGGAUGAUUCUGAAGAGGAGGGGGAGAUAUUCUUGAAGCGACAAGAGGACUUUGAAAGAAAAUACAAUUUUCGUUUUGAGGAACCGGAUGCUCAGGAGGUUAAAACCUACCCUCGCAACAUCGCCACCUCAGUGCGCACAAAAGACGAUAGCAGAAAACGCAAAAGGGAAGAAGUGAAAGAAAGGAAGGAGAGGGAGAAACAGCAGAAACAAGAGCAGCUGAAGCAACUAAAGAACUUGAAGCGAAACGAGAUCAUGGAGAAGCUGCGGAAGCUUCAGGAACUUACUGGAAAUGAUGAGCUGGCUUUUAGUCAGGCUGAUCUGGAAGGAGACUUUGAUCCAAAACAUCAUGACCAACUCAUGCAGAAGUUCUUUGGGGACGAGUACUAUGGCGAGCAAGAAGAUGCAAAGCCUGCGUUUGAGGAUGACGGUGAACUUGAGGAAUUUUGGAACUGGGACAUGUGGACGGGGGAAGCGGAGUGCGACAAAGAUGAGGGGGGCUAUGAAGAAACACAGCCACAUUGCGAAGACCAGGAUUUCAUUAUGGAUGCAGACUACGAUCCCACCCAGCACAGCGUCUCCAAGAAGAACAAAAAGGAAAGGAAGAAAAUGAAGAAAGCAGACAUGCCGCAAAUGGGCAAGAAGAAAAAGAAGUCUCUCUUUGCAGAAGUGGUCACCAAAAAUAAACCAGUGUUCGAUCCCAAGGAGAAGAGUUUUGAGCAGUACCUCGACGAAUACUAUAAACUGGACUACGAGGACAGCAUCGAGGACCUGCCCUGCAGGUUCCGUUACAGGCAGGUCCUAGAAAAUGACUUCGGUCUGACCACAGAUGAGAUCUUAGGUGCUGACGAGAAGGAGCUGAAUCAAUGGUGCUCCCUGAAGAAGACCUGCAUGUUCAGAUCAGACCAGAAAGAGAUGUGUGAUUUGAAGAACUUCAAAAUAAAAUCCCAGAAUACCAAGUUGAAGAGAAAGAUACUGGCUUCCCUUUAUUCUGAAGAGGUGAAAGAGGCUACACAGGCCAGGGUAGGAAAGAAAGGACGAGAUCAUGCGGAGGACGGUGAUGCAGCUUCUAAGGACUCGUCGGACGAGAAGGCAGAAUCUCCUGUCGGAGAGUUCGAGGCCGGUCUUGACAAAUCAGAGGAGGUUCUCAAGAAAAAGGUCAAACAAGACGAGGAUCCGCAGACUGCAGGUGCAGAAAAAUCUCUGCAGGUUCAAGGCAAGACCAACAAGACAAAAUGGAACGAGAAGAAGCAAAGUCUCUCACGUGGACGCUGCAUGUCAGGAAAGAUGCGAGUGAAAAUCAGAGGCCGGGAGUUUACUAACCAGAGACUUAAGGCGUACGGUUUGAAUCCCAAGAGACUGUUCUUCAAGCAACUUCGGCAGAGACGAAAUGAGCAGCAGAAGAAAGAAGCAGGAAAAAAAAAAUCUGCCUAAGAAGAGCAGCUAUUUAACAAAAUUACAUUUUAUUUGUCUCAAAAUCAUAAUUUCAUUUUCAAUGACCACCACCCACCCAGCAUCUUGUAAACAUCCCACAACUCAUGUUGUCAAUAUGACAUUUAUUUAAGACAGUCCUAUUUUACUUCAAAUGUAUAAUCCUCAAAAGUGUUUUUUACAAGACGUUUUCUAAACUCAUGUGAGCUGUACUAUUUGUGAUGCGGUGCAAUCUUUGCAAGUAAACAUUUUUCCAAAA